AUGCUAUGGACAUUCCUGACAUUGAUUCUGGGGCUAGCUCUCGCAGCUCAUGGAGGUACUACGGAGGCAACAUCUGACCCUUGCGCUGGGAUCGCCGGCCAAAGUUUCGUAGUGCCUGGGGACGCUUUGGCUUGCCUGAAGUCAUUUCCGUUUAACGAGACGCUUCGACAGAACGUCCUUACGGUGAUCUCCCGAGUCUUUGACUUCUACACCUUUGAGGACUACUAUUUGAAUUCGCCUCCUCCGUUUCAAGAAUCCACCACGAACAUCAGAGCGGACAUAGCGAGAAUCAAUAGCACAAGUUACGCGACUGAUUACGACUUCAAUCGUGCUGUGUAUGACUUCACGAACCAACUCAACGAUGGUCACACGAGAUGGCUCACGGACUGCUAUGGGACUUUCGAGAAUCUCCUGCCAGCACCGAUAGUGACUCUUCAGGAAAACGGGGCAGAAGGCGUCUACAUUAUCCCUGAUCUGGCGCAGCUUAUUCCGCUGGUGGGCACCGAAUUCACGGAUUACUACGCAUCGAUCGGAUUCAAUUGGGAGCGGCUAGCCGGCGCACGAGUCCUCCAAAUAGAAGGGCAGGAUCCCUACGCCUAUGUCGACUAUAUUGCAGAUACCGCGUCUGGAAAUUAUCUCGACCACGGUGUCCGUGUCAACAGUGUUUUCAGCAGCUACAGAAUUGCGGAUACCUCAUUCUCACAGCGCUUCGGUGAUCUUGCUGGCACUUCAUUCCCUGAUCAAGAGAGCCUUACGUUCAACCUGAUCCUGGCUAAUUCGACCCUCCCCGAAACUGUGACCGUACCGUUCUUAGCGAUUUACGCAGGAAACAACUUCACAGACUCAGCGUCGUACUGGGGAAACAACUGUGCCGCGAACAACGCCACAAAUGGCGUCGAUCUACUCGCAUCCAGUGGCCUGAAAGAGCGGGAAGAGCGAACCCGACGACUGGCUCGAGCCGUCAUCGUUGACAAGUCUCAGACUAGUGCUGUGGGUCUGCCUGACCCGUAUCUCCCGACUGCUCCUCCAGUGAAUGGUAGUACCGGCGUAAUAAAGUCAUUCGUCCUUCCUGACAACAAAACUGGAGUUAUGUUUGUGGGGUCGUUUGAAGGUGAUUAUGUCCAGUUCCAGACAGACACUCAAGCUGCGGUCGCCGCCUUCCAGGCAGCAAACGUCACUCGGCUUCUGGUCGACUUGACGAACAACGGAGGUGGAUAUGUCUGCCUCGGGGAGUUCCUCCAUUCGUACUUGGCUGGCUCGAAUUUCGGAUAUACUGGUUUCCAAUCGUCGUCUCGGGCCAAUCCUUUAGCAGUCAAGAUCGUACAGGCGGACAUUGCGAAAGGAAUCACCGCUAACAUUUCAUACUAUGCUCCGGAUAACUGCAAGUCGCGGGCCUUCCUGAACGAUACCGAGAUGCCUGAGGGCUACGACUACAACGACCCAUCGGUGUCUCUGUUUAUCAACGGCCAGCAGGACGCAGACUCGCAGAGGUUCCAUGACCUGUGCACCCCGUACAAUGUUGACCUGCCCGAGAACCCCCCGUUCGACCUCAGGUAUGCACCAUUUCUGCACCCUGUCAACGGCAACUGUGCUUCGACGUGCUCCAUGUUCAGCACGAGCAUGUUUGAGCGGCACGGAACGAAGAUAGCCGUAUUCGGCGGGAAGCCUGGUGAGAUCAUGGAAUACAAGGGCAUGGCUGGCAACCAGGUAUUGGAAUGGAGUGAUAUUGAUACGGAGAUCAAGACUGCUGGGUUGAAAAACGACCCGCUAGCACCACCUGAUCUGCUCGUCUCUGGUGAUUUCAGGCACAAUUGGAGAACAGCUUGGAGCUACUUCGACGAGUCAAGGCCGAUAGCAUACGUCUCGGAGCCUGCGCCAUGUAAGUUGUGUUCUGCCCGAGCAGAGCUCGACGGGUCACUUAUCACGAUCGCGUUAGAUCGAUACCCGUACACGAAGGACACGUACAUGAACCCCCAGAACUUGUGGACAUUUGCGUGA